AGGGCAGGGAGAGAUGGAGAGUGAGACAGAGGGAGAGGCGGUAAAGAACAUAACAGUUAAGGAAGACCUGAGGGAAACAGAGAGAGGCGAGUUGGAGAACCUAACAGGGCAGGAAGAGAUGAAGAGUGAAUCCGAGAGAGAGGAGGUGGAGAACAUAGUGCAGGAAGAGAUGAAGAGUGGAACAGAGAGAGAGGAGGUGGAGAACAUAGUGCAGGAAGAGAUGAAGAGUGAAUCCGAGAGAGAGGAGGUAGAGAACAUAGGGCAGGAAGAGAUGAAGAGUGAGACAUUGAGAGAGGAGGUGGAGAACAUAACAGUAAAGAUAGACAUGGAGAGUGAGACAGGGACAGGGGAGAUGGAGAACAUAACACUGAAGGAAGAAAUGGAGAUUGAGGCAGGAGAAAAUGAGGUGCUGUUAAAAAAGGCUGAUGAAGAAGAUAGUAAAACAGACAUUGCAGAGACCAUAAAGUCAGAAAAAGUAGAAGAGAGAGGGAGAGAAAUGAUGGAGACAGAAAGAGAAAAAGAGGUCACAGAGACUGAAGAAGUGACGAAGACCAGAAGAACUUCUGUUCAGAGGAAGAGAAGCAGUUCCAAGCCGAAGGUGAGGAUAAAAAGGCAAAGAGGAGCCAGUGCUGGUUCUGUCGACCCUGUAGAGCAGGUCAAACGAAAGAGAACCAGACUCAGUCAGCCUUUAACACGCCAGGGUAGGACCUAUGUGAGUGACAAUGAGGAGGAUAUAGAAGCAGUCACUCCAGCAUUGAAGCGGGAAAAGAAGCCAGACCACUCCCACACAGAGACUCCAUCUCCUCACCUUCCAUCAAAUAAACAGCCAAACACUCCUAAAACUCCUAACCGAAGCCAUAGCACUUCUCCUUCCUGCCAUAUCACUGCGCCUUCCCAGCCUCGCAGCGCAGCCUCUCGGCCCAAAGAAUCCACUCCGUGCUGUGAUCAUAGAACUAAGCGCCCUCAGCCUAACAGCAGCACCUCUCCAUCUCGACGUGCAGUAAUCACCAAACCCAGCAAAACCAUCGUUCAUUCUCCAUCUAGCAUCACCAUUGCAGACCCAAGUGACCUCAGACAUCAGGCUAAACCCAGCAGUAACUCAAGGCACCGAGUCGAUAUCACACCAAAACGCAGGAAAGCCAGCCCUAAACAUGACGCCAAGCCCAGGGAGAGUCGCGGCAACGAGGACGCUGAUGAGCUUAAGGCUGCCUAUGGAGGAAGCUCAGCUCAGCGGAUUUUCCAACGGACACUCAGUCCAGCUGAGGUGCUACACGUACACAGCUACGCUAAAGGAGACUACAGCGAGCUGGACCGAGAACAAAAGGACAGUGACACUGACACAGAGAUGCAGGAGUACGGACAGCAGGGGGCAGAAGACUGCUCUUACGAGGCGUUGAACAGUCUAGCGAGGCUGCCCAAACAUCAUCCGUUAAUAAAGGACAGCAUCAGUGAUGAGGAGCUUCAGGAUCAGUCGUUAAUUGAGGAGGAUGGUUUAGAGGGUGAGCUGUGGGCUAAGCCUCUGGCUCAGCUGUGGCAGAACAGACCUUAUAAUGAACAGCGAGAGAGAGAGUACAACAGAGAGAUGGGCCUCCAGCCACCAUACUGCUCCAUCUGCAUGAUCUUCCAAACGCACCAACGGUCUGAAGAGGCCGACUGUGAGCAGAAUGCAGUUCAGGUUGGACGUCAAAUGAGGACAAAGCCAUUGAUCCCUGAGAUGUGCUUCAGCACAACCACUGAAGAGUGCCCUGAACUUCUCCUGUCCACGCCGUACUUGGAUCAAGACGGAACCAGCCUGCUCAUCAGCUGCUCCCAGUGCUGUGUGCGAGUACAUGCCAGUUGCUAUGGCGUUUCCUUGGAAAGAGUUACAAAAGACUGGAAAUGUGCCCGUUGCAAAGCCAAUGCCCUCACUGAGAGUUGUUGUCUAUGCUCAUUAAGAGGUGGAGCCUUACACAGAGCCAACAAUGACAAGUGGGUGCACGUGCUGUGUGCGGUGGCAGUGUUAGAAGCUCGCUUCGUGAACAUCACUGAGAGAUCGCCAGUGGAUCUCAGUGGAAUUCCCCUACAGAGAUUUAAACUGAAAUGUUACUACUGUAAGAGGCGGAUGAAGAAGACAACAGGCUGCUGCGUGCAGUGUUCUCAUGGCCGCUGCCCCACCUCGUACCAUCCUACCUGUGCCCAGGCUGCAGGUGUGCUUAUGCACCCAGAUGACUGGCCUUUCAUCGUCUAUGUCACCUGCUGCCGUCAUAAAGGCCCUGUCCAAUCAGAGAGGAACAAGGAAGCCAUGAGGGAUAUCAGCGCUGGCCAGAAAGUGAUCUGCAAACACAAAAACGGACGCUACUACCAGUGCGAUGUGGUUCAGCUGACGAAAGAGACAUUUUACGAGGUCAACUUUGACGAUGGCUCCUUCAGCGACAACCUUUUUCCUGAGGACAUUGUGAGUCGUGACUGUGCCCAGCUGGGUCCCCCACCCUCAGGAGAGGUUGUGCAAGUGCGCUGGACAGACGGACUCAUCUAUGGAGCCAAGUUUGUGGCAGCACACGUCAUUCAAAUGUACCAUGUGGAGUUCGAAGAUGGCUCACAGCUUACAGCCAAGAGAGACGAUGUCUACACGUUAGACGAAGAACUGCCAAAAAGGGUGAAAUCUAGACUGUCGAAGGCUUCGGACAUGCGUUUCGAUGGGAUCUUCGGAGAGAAGAAGCUGCAGGACAGCAAGCGGCAGCGUGUGAUUAACUCCAGAUACAGAGGCGACUACAUCGAGCCAGUCAUCUACCGAACCAUAAUGGAGUAACCAGCAUUAUCAUCUUCUUCCUCCUCACAGCACCAGCAUUGAUCAAGCAAAGCUCCCACACACUUCUCACACUGCAAAGUGAGAAUGUUUCUUUUUUUGUGUGUGACGUUGUAUACAUACUUUAAAAAAAAAAAAAAAAAAGGUUUUAAUGGCUCCAAGAGCAAUGCCAUCACUCUGAUCUCUGAAUUGUUUGUUAGGGAAGGCAUUUUUAAAGUACACACACAUACCUGUGCCACAUAAAUUGAGACAUGAUGUAGUUUUUAUAUCCUUACUGGAAAAUGAGCCACUUAUGCAUACACUUUGGCCAGAAAGCAUUAGAUUUUCUACUAGUUUUAUACAGUUCCUCAUUGUUUCCUCCUGUUGUUCAGCUUGCAUUAAUUUAUUUCCCUCUGAGUUCAGGGUGCUAAUACUUGCCCUUGUAUAUUUUUAUGGAACGGAGGAAACAUUGCCAUUUUAUCAACAUGAACACCUCCUCUUUUUUUUUUCUUUCUUCACACUGUUCAAAUUGUACAGCUGCAUUCCUGAAUAUUGUAGAUUAUUUGCAUAAUGAAUUUUUGUUCUUUUUG